AUGUACAUAGACCUGCUAAAAGGAAUGCAGAUGGAGCCAUACAAUACAGAAAAGUAUUCAAUAAAAAGUCUAGCACGAGUGAACAGCCAAAAAGGACUCCCACGUCAAAGAAAAUACAGAGCCAUGGACCCAAGGAGAUUGGGUUUGCUGUCAACUAUCCCUGCCCCAACAACACAGGAGUUACUAGAACACCAGCGCACCCGAGGAGAUGGUCAACGAUUGCCUCAGAAAUAA